CAGGAAUUGGAAGAUAAACACUUAGCCCAGCUUCGUCACCAUGACAACACUGCAGAGAUGCUUCGUCUUUCGCGAGAAACCACGGAAACCAGGUGUAAACAUAUUGAAGAGAAGUACAACAAACAGGAAGAUGAAUUAAACCGAUUAAAAAGAAAACUAAGAAUGGUGGUAGAAGCUGAAGAAUCAAGAAUUGAACGACAGAAUGAGAUAUUUCAACAAUAUAGAAAUAAAGGAUCCCGUGCUCACAGUACAGCAGAUCAAAGAUUACUAGAUGUUAUAGAUUCCUAUGAAUCUCAGAUUGCAAAGUUUAAAGAAGAACUAAGAUUUUAUCGGCAUGAAGCAAGGAUGUACCGAGAUGCUAAUAUUGGUAAACGAGUUGAUCGUUAUGAUGCGUUGUCACCGUUACCUGAUGAUACAUUAACGUAUGAUAAUAGAGGAUUGUCAUUGGCUGGACAUAACGGUAGAUGGUCUGUCAAUACCGACCCAGUACCAAACUAUAAAGCAGUAGUCAAGUCUUACAAGAAACAACUGAAGGAAAGCAAGGAGACAAUCAAGUUACUGGAAAAUGAUGUAGAAACACUGAAACUAGAAAUGCAAUCAAGACCUGAAUUAAAAGAUCUUCGACAUGUACAGCACAGAGCUAAGAAGUUAGAAACUAUGUUGGCAAAGAACAACAUAAGCUUGGAAGAGAACGGUAAAGUUCGCAGUCACAGCACUCGUGUUAAAGACAUCAAGCAAAUGCCACUCAGUAAAUGUAGGCAACAUUUAAAGGAUAUCUGUAUUGAAUUAGAUGUAUCCGAUGUAAUGGACGUCAUUCCUAAACUACACCAACCAUCAGAAGAUACAGAAGCAUUGCUUCACUUAGAAAAGCUUGUGAGAGAAGUUCUUGCUAUUAUCAAUGAUCCAGAUGCACCUAAACUACCGUCCACUCCGCGUAAACAGAGUAAGAAACAUGCACUCUGGUGUGAUAAAUCAACUCACCAUAUUGUCCCUAUGUUACAAUACUGGUUACAACAAAUGAUAGAAAUUCAGGAACUCAAGAGUUCUCUCAACAGUCUGGCAUCAUCUCUCAUUCCAUGGUCACCACCAGUCUUCCCAGAAUCCUCUCUCAAUAAACCUACCUCAGUCAGUGAAAUAAGAGCAGCAGUAGACUCCCUAGCUGUCCAAAAUAUCAGAGUAGACAGAAAGGGUACAUCAGACAAGGUGCCUAGUCAUCAAUUACAGAGUAUUAUAGCUCAUUUCCAGACUCUAUUUGAUGUUGACGGUUUGGAUGGUGUCUAUCCUAGGAUGAAUGAAAUCUACACAAAACUUGGUGAAACACAUAAUGUAUUGCAUACAGUCAGGGAACUAUUAGGAUUAGAUGAGACUGCUAAGUCUACUGCUAUAGUGAAUGCUGUAGGUGAAUUGUGUAAUGUAGUCAAUAGUACAACAGCACAUCAACUCAAACGUCUAUUACAAGUAGAGGAUCUUAACAGUGUUAUAUCCAGACUACAACAGUAUGAAGAGUUUUUCCCAGCAUUCCAUGGGCUAAUGCAGCAACUCAUGGAUAUGCUCAAUAUCACAGAAAUGGAGAAGAUCCUGCCAGCUGUGAGGACUCUGAAGUUGUUAGCGGGAUAAAACAAUCAUUCUAAACAAACAGUCAAUAAGAAAUUAUGACAAUCUAUAUAAGGAGAUAUCUGUCUUCAAUAAUGCCAUAUAAGGAAAUAUCUGUCCUCACUAAUGCCAUAUAAUGGGUAAGCAGCAGUCAGCUGUAGCUCAUUGUUGUUUACAAACAAGCCUCUACCCAUGAGCCUUUGCGUUUUAAGCGUGUGUUAUUAUUGACUAUUGUCGCUUAGGACUCAAUUCUUGCACAUAUGCAGAUGACAACCUUUCUGCUUCAAUAUGAGAUGAUCCAUUUCGUAAACCCAACUUACCCAGUAUGAAAUGUAUUUCUAUUUGUUGAAGAUAGUAUUUUUGCAGUGUUUA